UUUUCUUCGUCUGCAAAAAAAAAAAAACCAUCAUCAUGCCUUCGUUCCUUUCUUAGUCCAAGAAUAGAAAAUAAAACACCAAAAAAAAAUCAUUAUUAGUUUCCUAUAUUUGUGUCUUUGUAUCAGGUGCCCUGUAUUCUCAUCCCUUGUAGCUUGUUUGCAAAAGAGUAGAGAGAGAAAAAAUCUUUAAUUGUUGGGUAGAGAGAGAAAAUCAUGCAUAUAUCAAACAUGAAGAUGGAUGAGAGAGAAAAGAAGAGUGAGUUGCAAAAGAGCCACUUCAAUGUGUUGGGUCUUUGUUGCCCAGCUGAGGUGCCUUUAAUUGAGAGGAUUCUCAAACCUCUCCAAGGAGUUCAUAAAGUAUGUGUAAAUGUUCCUUCAAAGAGUGUCAUGGUUCUACAUGAUCCCAUCUCCAUAACACAAGUUCAAAUAGUUGCCGCGCUAAACUCGGCGAGGCUUGACGCGAGCAUUAGAGAGAUCGGAGAGGCCAUAAACCCUAAAAAAUGGCCAAGUCGAUUUACAUUGGUGUCCGGAUUUUUACUAAUUUUAUCUUUCACAAAAUUUUGGUUUGAGCCUAUGCAUUGGUUGGCUCUUGGAGCUGUAGCGGUCGGAAUUCCGCCAAUUUUUAUGAAGAGUUUUGUCACUCUCAGACGGUGGAUACUUGAUAUAAACACACUUGUUAUAAUUGCAGUGGCUGGAACUAUAGCAUUGGGAGACUACAUUGAAGCUGGUUUUAUUGUUGUCCUCUUCACCUCAGCCGAAUGGAUAGAAUCCCUCACCAGCUACAAGGCACAUGCGGCCAUGCAGUCUUUGAUGAGCAUGGCUCCUCAAAAAGCCGUUUUAGCACAAAGUGGGGCAACUGUAGACACCAAAGACGUGAAAUUAAACACAUUGCUCGCGGUGAAAGCUGGAGAUAUGAUCCCAAUAGAUGGUAUUGUUGUAGAGGGAAGAAGUGAAGUCGACGAAAAGACCCUCACUGGAGAGCCCUAUCCAGUCACAAAAGACCCUCAAUCCCAAGUUUGGGCCGGUACCCUCAAUUUAAAUGGGUACAUGAGCAUCAAGACUGUGGCUCUAGCUGAGGAUUCGGCCGUGGCUAGAAUGGCAAAGCUUGUAGAGGAGGCCCAACAAAACACAUCCAAAACACAACGAAUUGUAGAGGUCUUUGCUAAGUAUUAUACACCAGUCAUACUCGUAUUAGCAGUGGGGUUAGCAAUAAUCCCUUUGUCAUUAAGAUCAGAGAAUUGGCACCACUAUCUUUACUUGUCCUUGGUCGUGCUCAUGUGCGCAUGUCCUUGCGCUCUCGUCCUCUCGACACCGAUCGUUAUGGCCUGUGCCUUGUCAAGAAUGUCGUCAAUCGGGGUAUUGGUAAAGGGCGGAGAUUAUCUUGAGAAGCUUGCGAAAAUCAAAAUAAUGGCCUUCGAUAAAACCGGGACGAUUACUAGAGGGAAGUUCUCGGUCUCAGAAAUGAUCUCUCUCUCCAAGGAUGAAGAAGAUGUUGGCCUAGACAAGAUGCUGUAUUGGGUUACAAGCUUGGAGAGCAAAUCAAGCCAUCCGAUGGCUGCUGCUCUUGUUGAUUACUGUAGAUCAAAGGGGAUUGAACCUGCAACCGAGAAGGUGAAAGACUUCCAAAAUUUUCCUGGCGAGGGCAUUUCUGGAAUAAUUGAUGGGAAGUGUAUUUUUAUAGGAAAUCAGAAAAUGUCAUCAAGGGCAGGGUGUAAAUCUGUUCCAGAUAUUACAAGUGAACACAAGGGAGGAGGAACAGUUGGGUAUGUGUUAAUUGGAGAGAAAGUGGUGGGAUAUUUCACCCUUUCCGAUGAUGUCCGCUUUGGUGCUUUGGGAGUGAUUAGGGAAUUGAAAAACAUGGGGAUCAAAGUGGCAAUGCUUACUGGAGACACCAAUGCGGCCGCCCUACGUGUAAAUAAUAAGCUAGAGAAGGCCAUAGGAAUCAUGCAUGCCGAGCUCCUUCCCGACGAAAAGGCGAAGCUGAUCGUCGAUCUCAAAAAAUCCGAAGGUCAAAUAGCAAUGAUCGGCGAUGGGAUCAACGACGCGCCUGCCCUCGCCUCCUCAGAUGUCGGAAUAGCCAUGGGAGCUACGGGAUCUGCAAUAGCCUCAGAGACCUCUCACAUAACCCUAAUGUCUGACGACCUCAAAAGGUUGCCGGAUAUUGUUAAAAUUAGCCGGAAAACUUGCCAGAAAAUCAUGGAAAACGUUUUCCUUUCCAUGAUCACCAAGUUAGGGGUUGUUGCAUUGGCCCUUAGUGGGCACCCCCUCAUAUGGGCAGCCAUGUUAGCCGAUGUUGGCACGUGCUUGGUUGUAAUAUUCAACAGUACCUUACUGUUGGGCAAAUGGGGAUUAGUGGGGAUGGCACGUGCGACACAUAGGCACAAGUGUUGUGCGCAAAAGGAGGGUUCUUGUCAAGAGAGGCACUCCAUGUGCGAGGGAAAAGCUGCGUGUUCUCAGGACUUGAAACACGGCGCGUGUGAAGACAAAGGCUCGUGCGGCGAGAUCUUGAAGCAUGGCACAUGUGGAGAAAGAGGCCCUUGUUGCCAAAGCUCAACAGGCGUCGGGAAUACACACGUGCAUGAUCAUGAGGUCGGUGUCGGGAAUUCACAUGUGCAUGAUCAUGAGGUCGGUGUCGGGAAUUCACACGUGCAUGAUCACGAGGUCGGUGUUGGGAAUUCACACGUGCAUAAUCACGAGGUCGGUGUCGGGUAUUCACACGUGCAUAAUCACGAGGUGGGACAUAUUGACACAUGCGAGAAAAGAUGUGGAACCCAUGCGGACACGUGCAUAGAUAGCUCAGACACACGAGUGGAGUCAGAUGAUCGCUCUCACGAGGGGAAUCAAGUCAACACGUGUCAAGAUCAUGUUCCUCGCACAUGCGGAUCACAUAGAGUGAAGAAGGGCGAUACGUGUCCGAACCUUGUGUCCCGCUCUUGUGGAUUCCAUGGAGGGGAUGCAGGCGACACGUUUAGAAGCCAUGAGACUCGGGCCCAAAGGAGUUCAUCAUCUCACGCAUGUGCAGAAAAUUGCAUCCCCGCGCGUACUAAUUUCGAUAAGUGUCUCCAUGGUUCGUGCGAAGAAUCAAAUGAGCACGUGGGAAACUCUCACACUUGUGCAACAAAUGCGUAUAGAGAGGGUGAUUACAAGCAUGUGUAUGGUGAUACCACACGUGUGGAGAUUGUGGGGAUCCAUAUAUGCAUGAGACACGGUGGGUGUUGUGGGAGGGACAUUGAAGAAAUUAGGGUUUCUUUGCCUGAGAUUGUAAUCGAGUAAAAAGAAAUCAUGAAAUAAUUGGUAAUAAUAUGAGCAAACCGUACACCUCCCGUGUGUGAUGUAUAACAUGCACAGAGGGGAUGUGUAUGGGUACUUCAUUUAUUUGUGAUUUUGGUCCCGCGGCUAAAUCACUAAGUCGGAGCUUUUUGCGACCUUGUGGGCACGUUUGUUUGGUGAAAGUUUUGGCUUCUGAAGUUGAAAUUUUGAAUUUUUCAUCUU